AUGACUCCCAGAAGAUUUUUUGCAUUUGAAUGCUUCCAGAGCAGCAGCUGCCUCAACCCACUGCUGGCCAGCUUCUUCAGCAAGGUCAUGGGCAUCCUCAUCAACCGCAAGACAGACCAGCUUGUGUCCUUCCUGUGGAAGAAGGACGGCUUCGUGGAUCUGCUGCUGCAGCACAUCACUACCUCGGCCAUCAUGGACCUGCUGCUGUGGCUCCUCACCUGCGUGAAGCAGCCCCAGCUGAGGCAGGAAGUGGUCAACCGGCUCAACGAGGAGAAGAUUGUCCAGCGGCUCAUCGAGCAGAUCCAUCCAUCAAAGGAUGACAAUCAACAUUCCAACGCAUCCCAGUCCCUGUGCGACAUCAUCUGCCUGAGCUGGGAGCAGGUGAUCCAAGUCCAAGACAGCUCGGAGCCCGACCAGGUGUUGGCUACCCUGGAGAAGCAGGAGACGAUCGAGCAGCUCCUGAGCAACAUGCUGGAGGGGCAGCUGAACCCGUCCGUGCUCGUCAGCGGGGUCCAGGUGCUGCUGACUCUGCUGGAGCCCAGGCGGCCACGGUCCGAGUCUGUGAUCGUGAACAACUUCUUCAGCAGUGUGGACGGGCAGCUGGAGCUGCUGGGCCAGGCGACCCUGGACAGCUCCGUGUCCAGCAUGUGCGCCCUGCACGCCCUGCGCCCUCGGCUCACCCACUUCCACCAGCUCCUGUUCGAGCCACUGGAGCUGGAGCCACUGCAUACGACGUGGGGCAUCCUGGCCCCGCCUCUGGUCAACACACGGCUGCAUGUUGUCAAGCCUGCCAGUGCCCUGAGCGCCAAUGACGCAGCCCUGACCCAGGAGCUCCUGGCACUGGACGUGCCCAACACCAUGCUGGACCUCUUCUUCCACUAUGUGUUCAACAACUUCCUGCACACGCAAGUGGGGGUGUGUGUGAGCGCCAUGCUGAGUGCCAGGCCCCCUGCCGACAGCAGCCUCGAGAUACCCGCCCCCAACCUCGGCGUGAAACACCUGCUGCAGCAGUGCCGCCUGGUGGAACGCAUCCUGACGUCCUGGGAGGAGAACGAGUGCGUGCAGUCCGCAGGCGGCCCAUGGAAAGGCUACAUGGGCCACCUGACGAGAAUGGCCAACGCCCUGGUGCAGAACACGGAGAAGGAGCCCAAUGCCGAGCAGCUGGGGCAGCUGCUGAAGGAGAUGUCGGCUGAGCAGCAGGAGCAGUGGGAGGCCUUCAUGUCAGGACCCCUGGCCGAGACCAACAAGAAGAACAUGGUGGACCUGGUGAACACCCACCACCUGCAUUCCUCCAGCGACGACGAGGACGACCGGCUCAAGGAGUUCAACUUUCCCGAGGAGGCCGUGCUGCAGCAGGCCUUCAGAUUCCAGAUGCAGCGCAUGACCUCAGCCUUCAUCGACCACUUCGACUUCAACGACGACAAGUUUGGAGAGCAGGAGGAAAGUGUGAACGCACCUUUCCACAAGACGGCCAACAUCACCUUUUCCCUCGAUGAGAACCCCAACACCAACCUGCUGGAGAUCUGCUACAAGGACCAGAUCCAGCAGUGCGAUGACGAUGAGGAGGAGGAGGGCCAGGGCUCUGGGGAGUCUGAUGGGGAGGACGGUGCCUGGCAGAGCAGCCAACUGGCCAGGGGGCCCCACCUGGGCCAGCCCCCAGGUGUGCGGAGUGGAGGCAGCACAGAUAGCGAGGACGAGGAGGAGGACGGCCAGGGGGACAAGCUCCACCCCCAGCCCCUUGGACAGUGCAACCAGAGACCCUGCUACCUCUGUCCCAGCCCUUGGGGCCCCCCAGCCCCCCCAGACCAUGGAGAGGGAACCCUGACCGGCCCCCAAGACUCUGGGGAGGAGGAGCGGCACUCUGGGCCCCCUGCCCCUCAGGGGCCCGUCGGUGUGUCCCAGAACCUCCCCACCCCGAGCCCGGCCGGCCCCGUGGUCCCCGGCACUCUGCAGCUCAGGUCCCAAGACCCCGCACCCUCCUCAGCACCUCAGGAAGCCUCAGGUGGCCGCAAAGUAGCGGAGCCCUCAGUCCCCUGCCAGGCCUUGGUCAGCGUCAGGGACCUCCAGGCCACCCUCCGAAGGACAAGCUCCACCCCCAGCCCCUUGGACAGUGCAACCAGAGACCCUGCUACCUCUGUCCCAGCCCUUGGGGCCCCCCAGCCCCCCCAGACCAUGGAGAGGGAGAAGAGCCCAGAGCCCAUGGGGCUCCCACAGAACCAGAGUGCCCAGGCCCUGCAGCUGCCUCUAGUGCCCAACAGCUCUGUCCAUGGAGGGCCGGCAUCCCUAGGCUCCCAGUAGCUGCCUGGUUCCAGUGAUGGCAGCCAAACCUGUGCGCAGAUCCUGCCCGGGCGGGGUCAGGGUGGGUCCCGUGGUGGCCUGUUGCCCCAUCAACCCAUCCUGUCUCCACCCCCACCCCAUGUUCUCUCCUCUGGACUCCCAGGAGGCUGGUGCCAGGGAGACAGGCCCCACCCACCCCCAUUUGCACUGAGAAAAAAAAAGAUGGAGUUUUAUCUCCUUGAAUAAAGUAUAGAGUCAAGUAGAAAGAAAGGAGAAAAGAUUGAGAGAGAGAGACCUAUAUUCUAUAUUAUAUGUAUGUCCAGGGAGGAGAGGGUGGGAGAGCCAGACGGAACCAGGCCUGGGCAGGUGGGGGGGGGACCUUCAUCCCUUCCCAGCGGGGCUGUGUUGGGGUCCCCGAGGCACUGUCUCCCCCUCCCCAGCUGCCGUGCCCCCCGUGGUUCAGAUGCCCACACCCACACUCGGCCUUUUAGCUCAGGUCCACCUAGGGGGUCUGAGUGGGGCCAUGCCUUCGCCCAGCCCUUACGCCCCAGGCCUGCACUUUCCCUGGGCCGGGAGCUCAAGGACCCUCGCCUGGCCCGCGGCUCUGGGGGCUGGGGUCCCGGCCAAGACGCCUCUCCCGUGACAUUCCCACAAGGCCCUGACAACACUCACGAAACCCCUGCGCCUCCCACAGGCCCUGGGCAGGGGUUUGGUGGGGGUCCAGCUGGGGUCCCCCUCCAGUGCCUGGAGGUCUGGGGUCCAGCCCAGUUGCCAAGUGACCUUGACUCAGCUCCCUCUUUGGCCACAUGAGUGUGGGUGCCCAGCUGUUUCAUACUGCAAAUACGAAUGAAUAAAGGAGACAGUUUAAGAAAAAAAAAA